GGCAUUUGGCAAUAAUGGUUUUCGGUCUGCUUUUGGUAAUCAUCGUGGAGAAGACAUUUUUUUGGUUAUUUCUCUAUCAAUCAGAGGUGAACUAUGCCAUUUGCAUUUGCAGUUACCACAAUUUACCCAGUUUUUUAUUCAUAUUUUUGCUGAUCUUAUUCACAGACUCCAAUGGAACUGAUCAGGCUACGCCAAGGUUGUUUGUGACAAUUCCUUUCACUAUGGUAGUCACGUGACGAUUAUGAACAUUCAGGCGAUAAGUCACGCGAUAAGUCCGACGAUUUCUUUGUGUUCGCAUUAUUUUAGUAUCUAGAUCAAUAUUUUGUUGAGUGGGGGAAGAUGGCGGGCCUUACACGUACUCAGAUUUUGUUGACUGUUGGAAUGCUGAUCGCAGGUUCACUUAACACUGUCACUCUUAAAGCACAAAACAACUGUUCGUAAGUUUCACUAAAGUUGUUGUGUGAGAAGAUUUAAAGGCUGAUAUUGGGCAAUCAGGAAACAUUUUAUAGAACUGUAUUUUGUGUGUGUUUAAUUGCACAUUCUUGCUGGGCUGUUGCGAUAUUGACUUCUUAUGUUCAGUUACGUUGUUGACGCCUCGCUUCAGCGUUGGUUGUGUGCUAGUGAAUUCAGUUGUGGCACUAUUGAAACUGAAAGAAUCAUAGGUGACUCUGAUAUGAAUUUUCUACACAUUGUUGAGUCUUUAACACGGAAAAGCUUGAUAGAUUGGAUUGUGAUAUCAUCUUACUUUUAUUGAUAAGGGGGGAUCUUGAAGCCAUCUUUUAAAAGGACACUUCUUGCACUUUGUACUCUUUUGUUAUCUGCAGUAGAUUGGGUUAUCAUGUCAAGUUUAAAGUCUUCCAAAUCCCUUGCUCAUGUACAGUUCUUAAACUUUUGCAAACUCAGAGAAAGUCUACUUUUGCAGAUUGUUUUAAAAAUUUUUCAACAAAACUGUUAUUGAAUUUGGCUUUUGCAUGAUAUCAUGAGUUAUCAAAUCCCAGCCUUCCACCUCAGCAGAUAACUCAGACCUCAGCACUGAUAAUUCAUAAAAUCAUGCUCAGCCUCAUCCAAUGAUUUCUUAAUAUAUUUAUAUCUCCUAGAAACAAGUCAUUGCAUUUUAUCUAAUUGAUUUUGAUAUGCUGAUUGAUAUAUUGCAUACUUCAAAAAAUUUUUCCAAAACUAAAUGAGAAAUAAAUUGUUACACUCAUUCUGUUCCAUUUUGUUUAGAGCUAGGGGACUGAAAGAUAUGAAUGGUAAGGAAAAACACCAAUUUGAACAUCCAUGGAUUCAAACUGCUCUAAUGUUUCUUGGUAAGUUAAGAUGUAUGUAACCUUUGAUAAAUGUGUUUUUCAUUUCCAGUUAAACCUGUAUUUAAAUAUAUUAAUUAGCUGAGAAGAAAGAUUAGGUCUGAAAGCAAUUUUCCACAGUUGUCAUGAACAUGUGCACCUGUACGUAUCUUACAGUAGUGUGAAAAAUAGUAUGUGAUCAUGCACCUAUGUGGCUCAACGCUCUCCCCUACUGUUCACAGUAAUAAUAAUGUGUGUUAUCAAUGCAUAUAAUGUAAUAUUUAAGGCAGAGUUUGUACUUUUUCACCUCAAUAGGGGAGAUGAUUUGUUUAAUUGGUUUGUUUAUUCAUCGGAGGAAGGAAAGACUGAAAUACAAACAGGUUUGCAUCUCUCUAAACACAUCUGUACAUAUAAUACUACAUUUUUAUGUAUUUUAUGGAGUAACUGAACAGUGGCACAUGCAGCCACAUGGAAUCUUUUUGUGUACUUGAUUCAUCAUUUAUACAUAUUAAUUUAUCCUUCAGUUGAUCAUCAGUACAGUGGACCAAUCAAAAUGAGAUUAAUACUAGAUCAGCUGAAAUAUCAUACAUGUAGAUUGAUCAAAUUAACAAUUGGUUCAUACGUCAGCUUGCAUUCAUCGAGAUAUGAAGCACGCAGGAAGUUUAGAGAGCACAAAAGAUGCGUAAGAGUUGCUCAAGGCAUAGCUGAGAGCAACUCUAGCUUCUUGAGUGCCCUCCAAACUUCCCAAGUGCUUCAUAUCUCAAUGAACACACAGCUAACGUGUGAACAGAUUGUUUUAUAACAUUUUCAACCUGAUGGAAAUUUUUUUUUUCUCGAGGGAUUUGUUUGCUGACGUCAUGAGUGUGCCCAAUAGGAAUAUAAAGCACACUAACUCAAUUGAAUUUGAUUAGACAAAUUUACUAGCUAUGUUAUAAAUGUGCUUGAUUCAGAAUGCAAUUUUUCUUAUAAUAUAUUUUUAUAAAUAUAUGCACUUUCUUCAUUUAUUAUUUUAUUUGAUAUUAUUUUAUUUACCUUGACUGUUUUUCAAUUAGAGAUUGUUACAUGACGGAAUAGAUAGAAGAUCUUACAAAGAAGCAACACAAACCAGAAAAAGUCUUCAAAGGAGGUUUGCAGAGUGAUUAUUUCGCAGUUUUAGUAAGAAUUCAUGUUUUAAGGAAUAAACAUACCUUUGUUAGACUGGGUUGGAGUCAACACAUUUGCCAGCCAGUCAUGAAGUUUUUAGUGUGGGAUGGGGGUGGGGAGAUGAUGGGUUCCUCAGCCAGAGAUGAUAUGGACCUGAAUUACUAUUGCUAUGAUGUUCUGUUUUAAGGUAGGUGUCCUGUUAAGUGUGGUGAGUACUCAAUAUGGCAUGCAGUACAGUUAUAAGGAUCAUUUUUCAUACUUGUGAUUUGGAAAAUGUUCUUAGCAUCUCCCAAAUCUCUCAAGCACAAAUCCAGUUUUCCACUGAGGAUGACAUUACUUUGAGCUGAAUUAAAUUUUAUAGCUUGACAAAACCAUUUUACUCAUUUUCUCAAAAAAAAUACCAAAACAAUUUAUGGUUGACAAUGAUGUUAAACAUACUGUAUAUGUCUAAUACUUGGAGUUUAUUCCUCUUGCAGGGUGUUUCAGUGGAUCUUUGCCUUUCCUGCUUUAUGUGACCUGUGUGGAACCACUUUAGCAAGUGAGAAUGUGUAUAUUUUACCUUUAUUUUCAGAGAAUACCUAUAAUAAUCCCUUUGAGGUAUUCCCAUACCUAAAGCAAACUUACAGAAGGAUAUUUAUAACCAUGCAGAGUGCCUUUUGUGUACUUUUGAAAUGGGUGAAAUACUGAUAAGUUUCUCCAAUCUGAAGCUCCUAGGUCUCUAACCAAUUUAUGUAUAAUGUUACUAUCUCAGUAAAUCUUGCCAUUAACCUUUUUGUUGAGCACAGAGAGUUUUUCUUUCAUGGAGGUUAAUGAAAUCAAAGACACCUUCUGAGCUACUGGGAGACAGAUACUAACUACUGUAAGAGUAAUUUUCCUCUUUUUCGUUUUACCCCAGCAAUUGGUCUGCUUUAUGUUAAAGCAUCAGUAUGGCAAAUGCUGAGAGGUUCAAUUAUAAUAUUUACUGGUUUGCUUUCUGUAAGUAUUUAAUAAUGUCCAAAUGCUUUCGGAGGCAUACAGCAGCAGAUACUCGUUGAAUUUAAGUAAUAUUCCAAGUUGACUUUGUUGAGAUAUACGUGUGUUUUUCAUUAAAGGUAUAUCUGUCUUAAUAAAUUAGCGGAAACUGCAGUGGUGUUGGAAGUAUAAAAUGAUGUUUCAUCUCUAUUCCAAGUUAUUCAGUUGCUCACACACUGCAUCAUUUUUUCAGUCAUUUUUAAUGCACUUAUGAAAGGACUCUUGCAUGUGAAAGAAUGAUUUAGAAGUGAAAAAUAGUUAUAUAUGCGGAAUUUUUGCUUCUUCGUAAAUAAUAGAAAAUCUUUUUGAAGAGAAAGUUGUGGCCAAUUCACUGGAUAGGAAUGAUUGUAACUGUGGUAGGUGGAAUCCUUUAAAUUCAUUCAAAUCAUGCAAGUUUCUAAUUGUAAAUUAUUAAAGAAGGUACAUAAAGUACAUGGACGCAUGGAGAGACGAUUAUCAGCUUUGAAUCCAACUUUCGUAAUGCUAGUUACCGUAAUUUCCGUCCAUUUACCCGCGCGGCAGAUUACCCGCAUCGGCCAAUUUUUGCAUCGACGAGGAAAAAAUUUCAACAGAUACGCACUGGCAGAUAACCCGCACCCAAAAACAAAAGAAAAUCAUAGUCCCACACAAAGUUCCUUCAUUGUUUUUGUUGACGUAAUAUCCGUUAACGUGCAAUUAAUAAAUUUUCACUCUUUCUGUCGUCGCUGUUUCAUUGAGAAUGAUACUGCUUGUGAAAAUCUGUUCUAAAAAAUCGAUAUCUCGAGAUCUACUAAGCCGGAGAAAUCGCUUAAAACGGGAAAAUACUCAUUAUAUCAAGGCACUGCUAGCCAAGUAAAUUUCACUGGUGCGUCGAAUAUUUUGUCGCGCUAUAAAUUAUGCGGCGCCAUGAAAAGAACAUGUCGGCACAUUUUCCGAGUGAAUUGCUCUUAAGCCAGCUUUUUCACAAUUAAAUUCUUUUAUUUUCAAGUUCACUUCCUGUGUAAUUGAGAUUUGUUUUUUGAACUUAACAAAGAAACAAGCUGUAAAAUUGACAGGGUAAGAAAGUAAGUACACUUAAGAUAAAAGCUUUCUUACCGAGAUUUGUAGUUAGGUUUUCGUUUUGCAUCGGCUUUCAUUGAGAGCAUUAAAGUCCCUUAUAAUAAUGAGCAAUCAGCUCGAAACAAAUGAAAUAUCACAUAGGUUCUUUGAAGAGUAUCUUUUAGUGGAUCUUGUCAUCUCUGUUUUUUUUCCUGCUUAUAUUUUUAAAACUAUAACUGAAGCUUUGAAAUUAUCGUAUUACCCACACCUUCCUGUAACCCGCAUACCUGCGGGUAGUCGGCCGGAAAUUAUGGUAGAUGAAAAGCCCCAGCCCUCCCGCCCCGGACUCCAUGAAAACUCGAAAAGUCAUUCCAUGCAUUAGAAGUGGGAAGCGAGCAGCGCGAGUCACAUAAUGACUAAGAGAAUGUAGUAAGCCACCCAGCUUUAAAAAAUUUAGUCUUGACGUUGCGACCGUCUGCACGUACGUAAACUCAAGGAGCUAUGUUCAGCGGGGUAUUUAACGAACGGAGUAAUCCAGAAUUAAUUGAUUUUGAAAAAAAAAAGGAGAAGAAGAAAUGAAAAGGGAAAAUUUAAUGACAAGGAGAGGUUUCCAGUCCACCAUCGAAAUAAAUGUGAAAACCAUAUGGUUGGUGAGCCUAGAUUUUACCAUUAAAAGGGCCUGAAACACACAGAUAUGCAUAAUUGAUGUAUCCUUUCCCAUUUGUUUCUCUAUUUUAGUGAACCAUUUGUUUUAGUGGAAAAGGAUAAAUUCCACAUGUAAUAUUUGGCCGUAGAACAGCGCUGAAAAACUUUGAGGAACCUCACUAGUAAAGAGGCGUAGCCAAACUUAGCCGUUUGCCAGUUGCCUAGUGCUAACUAGAAUGUUUCAUUUCUUUUACCCUCGUCAGGUUGGCUUAGUUCUUGUUGGACUGUCAAGUGUUCUCAGAGAUAAAGAGGCAUCUCAUCCUAAAGCUGGUUUAGGUAACUUGUUACAGAAUUGCUAUACUGUUAUUACUUCUGAUGCUGAUUCAGUAUCAUUUCUAUUAUCUUCUUCUGUUAUACGUUUAUUUUUCAAGGUUUAAAUGAUAAAAAAACCUCGAAUAAAAGUUCUAUCGGAUAACAAUGCUCCAAUUGUUAUCUUACUCUGAAAUAUUCGGCUACAAUUUAGUAUUAUGACUCUGAUGUCCAAUGCUUCCAUUUAAAAUUUAUUGCACUCACAAAUUAUUUUGCUUAUCCUGAUUAUACAGGUAUUGCUUUUAUUCUUAUGGGUCAGUGCGUCAGUGCCACACAGUAUAUUGUAGAAGAACGGUUCCUCAAGGAGAAGAACUUUCACCCUCUACAGGUUGUUUUCGGUCAUUUCUUUCUUUUUAUUGAAGUAAGAGCGAAUUUUCAGUGGGUGAUGUGCCCUCUUUUGCUGUGUUUUGGUCGAAUUUCUGUAGUAUUCGAUAUAUCCUUUAGGAGAGAGAGAAGUUGUAAUUUACCUUGGUAUUUUGACGAUUUCAGUAGACGAUUCAAUGUAAACAUAUUUUGGAGUAAAAAACUCUGUAAAGCAUCAAUUAAAUCAACUAUCUCUCGUUUUUUUUCUUUCAAGUCGGUCCCUUCCCUUACCAGUAUCGAUUUAAUCUCUUCACAUAUAAAAACACAAAUCGCCAAGUGUGUAUGAAAGAACUACUUAUACUAGUUAGUUUGCCUUCGAACGACGUAAGCUUUUGAACAUCUACUUCUGAGGUUGAAAUUCUUUUGCGGUACUUUCAUGUGCGGGUAACCAUAAUGGAGAGGCUGAUUUUAUGCUGUUUGUCUCAUAAUUCAUACAGGUUGUUGGAAUGGAAGGCUUUUUUGGAUUCACAGUCAUGGCUGCUGUAAGUGCCGUAUGAAGCUCAGUUAGGAAGGCUAUUUAAAAAAUGUUUAGCAACAACCUAAAACAAGAAAAAAAUUGCAAAUCAAGGCAUUUUUUCAUUUAGUGGGUUGGUUUUUUUCACGGAGUGGCGCUGCAGUUAUUCCACUUGAUGGUCUUUUAGUGGAACAAUAGUCAUGCAAAUUGUUGGUUAAUUGCAAUAUGGCAUUAUCAAUUAUUUUAAUUUACAUGCACGUAUGACACGGUGACUUUACUGCUUAGAGUUAACUUAAAAUGUGAAGUUGCUGUUGUUGUUGUCGUUGUUCUUUUUUUCAUGGUGUAUAGUGUGUGAUAAAAGGGAUAAAAAAAGCACCAAGAAGUGUGAAUCGAGGAAUAUCUGAUGAAUGUAACCCCAGAGCAAAGAGAGUUUCGGAGUUGUGCUCCGCUUUGGAGGAGAGCCUGGGUAUCUUUCUAGUUGUUCCAAGAAAAACGUGGAAAAAAAAACUUUCUAAUUGAUUAAAUUAAUAAAGGUAUAAAAAAUAAGCGAUAAACAUUCUCGCCCUAGAGUCAUUUCAAUCAAAUUGUUUUAUUUUAAAAGAUAUCAAAGGGGCUAAUGCUUUUAAUGCCAAAUCUCUCAAAGGUUCUUUCCUGAUGUCUCGACUGAAAUCAAUUUAGUUGUUUAAAAAUUUUUGUUUAUUAAUUUAACAGGUGGUCCUUCCUGUGCUGUACUUUAUUCCAGGAAGCCAACCUCACCACAGCUACGAAAACAGCCUUGAUGCUCUGCUGAUGAUAAAAAAUGAUACGACUCUUGCGACACUUAUAGGUCAGAAAAAUUUCAUAUGUCCUUUGGCCUCGUCAGCUUUAUUAAAGUAAUUUUCAAUGAAAUGUCAAAAUUAGAGCAGGCUUUCCUUUAUAACGGGCUGUGAUUUUCAGGGUACAGAAAAAAAUUUGCUACCCAUUGAACGAGGAAAAAAAUUGAAAACAGUCAUUAUUUGGUCACUUGUGCUUUCCGCGUUCAGAUGGUUAACCUACUUUCGCUUUGCUUUCGCAUAGUUGAAACAUUUUGUUUAUAUUUUGUUUAUAUUUCUUGGUUAAUUUGUUGAUUAGAUAUUUAUCUACUGACUUAUUUCGUUGCUUGUUUCUAGUGUUUUAUACUCUUUCUAUCGCAUUUUACAAUUUCUUUGGAUUGACCCUUACGAAGUCUCUAACAGGUAAGACUGGUGUUUCAUGAAACCAACUUCAAUCAUAGAGCAUCUCCGGCUAACGUUGCUUUGGACAUAAAUGGAUUUAUGUACUUAAUUUAGUUUUACAAAGAAUCUAAGACAAUUUUUACAAAUCCCUUUUGUUAAAUUUACAAGACUACAAUAAAAAAAUGGACCCGAAUUCCCAUUUUAUCAUUUCCACGCCAAUUUCAUUCAUGUGCUUCACUACCCUAGUUAGCUCAAGUAAAUGCCCGUUCGUUUCGUUUUUAUGUUGUAUUGCAAAUGCACACAGAACAUUCCACCUCAUAGUGUUCAUGUGACUGAAAGGUCUGGAAACUACACCAACUGUAUUUCCUUUUCAGCGGUCCACAGAACAUUGAUAGACGCCUGCAGAACAAUUGUGGUGUGGGCUGUAGAACUGUUCAUACACUAUGCCCUUCAUGAGGUAUUCCUUCAUCGUGAUUCCAUUAAGUGUCAUGACCUAGUUUCAAUGAUGGUAAUUUUUGCAUGGAGACAGAUUUCAGCUCUUGAACAAAAGCGUCACUUGCUGCUUCAUGACACCCCUUCCUUCAUGACACACCCAAUGGAUAUCACAUGAUUUCAUUCGUUAAAAGUGAGAGUUAGAGCAAGAUAGCAGAGCCAAAUAAACGUUUGCGCACAGCGGGAGCUUCACAGGUUCCAUAGCAACGUUAUAUGAAAAUUGCGGACUCUGGAAUCAUCGUUUUCAUUGGAUUACUCAUUCAAACAACGUCUUUGAUUUACGCUUGCUCGAAUGCAGUUUGUUGUUGGAGGUUUCUUGAAAAUUUUCCUCGCCGCAUGUCCCCGUUUUUCCGAGUUUAUCUCAGAACUUAUUGUGUUGGUUUAAUUCUUUAUAUGCCAUUUGUUUAAUGUUGGACAGUCGCAAAAUCAAGUCAACCUCACCUAACCUGCUGUAGCUCCUACUUGAAUCGGUUGUCGGUUGUCACUUGUCCUGAACGGUCAAGGGGUAGAUAAUUUCUUUUUCUUCUGUAGCUCGCUCUGUAUAUUAUCUUGGUGUCUUCAUCGUUCUUUGUGGUGGUGCGGUGGCCUCAUGGUUAGUGCGCUCAGCUCCGGAUUCCGAGUGGUCCGGGUUCGAGCCCUGGCCGGGGUCAUUGUGUACAAAUGGGUACCAGCAAAUAUGCUGGGGGUAACCCUGUGAUGGACUAGCAUCCCAUCCAGGGGGGAGUAGCAAUACUCCUAGCCGCUUCAUGCUAAGGAAACCAGAGCUAAGCGCCGGCCCCAUAGGCCACCUUGGCCAGUAUAAAGGCUUUUUUACUUACUUCAUCGUUCUUAUGUACUCAAUUAAUUUCAUCCUAUUAUUAUAUUAUCUCCCCAGGAUUUUGGUGAAACGUGGGAUAGAAAGUACAGCAUAUUUCAAGGUAAAACUUGUUGUCUUAAAAGAUCCGUGCGACCAGCUCAUUCUGCACUGGUAGACAAAUCUUUUGAGUCCAAACCGAUCGCUACUAAAUUUCCCACAAAUCUUAUUUCACCCACAAACCGUUUCAGUCUAUCCUUUAGGGAACAACUGCCAAGUUUACAGUCUGCAAUAACUGCAGCAACCAAACCUUAAAUUUUAUAAACCAUUUAAGAGCGGGUAUAUAGGAAACCUCGAUCAUAUAAAUUAGUUUUAAAACUGCUCAAUUUGUUUUUUGAUGAUGGAAUUAAUAUGACCAAUUUGGUUUAAUUUGGAAAUCUUUUAUUUUUUGCAGUUGAUGGAUUUCUUUUCUUGAUGCUUGGCACAGCUUUGUAUAACGAGCUAUUAAUUAUUCCUCCAUUGAUGCCCAAGCCUGAUGCAUCUCAACAGGCAAGAUAAUCACACAGUAUAUAAAAUAGUAUUUGUUACAUUCCAAAUUCUGAUUCUGAUCCUUCCGUCAGUUUUUGCACGUUUGCUUUUGUCCUAGAUUAUCGAAGUGCUCCCCAAUUUCAAAUGGUAGCGAUAUUUAGCUUUGAAAUCGCUUUUUAUCAAGCGCUCCUGAUCAUACCCACGAUUGACAAUUACCCAGAAAAUAGAAGUAUAUGGUUUUUAGAACCAGUGACCAGACUAUGAGAAUCUUUCUAUUUUAUAGCAACUUGUUGUAGCUUUAAGUAUCUUGUAUGACCACUGUCAAUACAUAAAACCAACUCCUAUCUACACAGGAUCAAGCUUCAAAUGAGAUCGAAAAUGGCGAUGUAGACUUACCGGAGAAUGAGCCAUUUCUGAGAGGAAUUGACAAAGCAGGACCUUACACUGGUGUUAUGUGAACUGAGACCGAUUCUAUCCACAUAAUUACCCUUUGUUUCAUAAACACGUGGUUCCAAUUGGAAUGUUUUGUUUCCCUCAUUGAGAAAUACGAAUUUUGUGCAAGCCUGGCAUUGUUAGUUGAAGAGAGUAUUGCCUUGAAUUAUCUACAACAAAGCCUCAUGCAUGCUGGGGCCGAAGAUGCACCUGCCCUUAAUGAAGAUUUAACGUACGCGCUAUUUUGCAAGGCUAUUUUGUUCACGUCUCUACCAGAGCCGAGCAUAGCAUUUCAUUGUGGAUGAAAACUAAGGUUAAUCGCUCAUCUUGUUUUUUAUAAUAGAAUUGUUAGAUGUCCGGCGUGUCUUUUAGAAUGCCAGUCAACUUGAUCGUAAUCAGCAGUAAAUUAUAAAAUAAAGUCGCUAAAGAAAGUGGGAAUGAAUACACCCAAAAGUGUUGUAUAUGAUGUUGCCUUGAGUUUAAAUGAAAAGCUAUUUUUUAAACUGUCGCAGAUUAUGUUUUUAACAAAUGAUUUAUUUUUCGACAAGUAAAUUAUGUAGUGUAUGUACAGAUCGCAACUCUUAUAUGUUCUCUCAGUUCAACGUAAACACGCUUCCAACAAUAAGUCUUCAUAUCAGUUUGACUGUCCAUUGAAAGGGACAGUUAGUCCAAAGGACAGUUAACAAAAUCAUCUCACCAUCUACAACAAGAUGAUAAAAAUUAUGAUAAAAGUAAUGACUUUGUAUCAUUUACUACAACGCCAAAAGGCUCAUGCGGA